AUGGAAGGGGAUUUACCUUUUCGCUACUUGGGUGUUCCUCUCACCUGUAAAUGGCUUUCUACGCAUCAUUAUACGAGUUUGGUGGACAGAAUUGUUAGCCGGAUUCGUCAUUGGAGCUCCAAAUUACUGAGCUAUGCAGGAAGACUUCAGCUGAUUAAUAGCACCAUUACUGCUAUAACAACAUACUGGAUGAGUUGCCUCCCCUUCCCCAAGCAUGUGACUAAAACCAUUAAUUCUAUUUGCAAGACUUUUCUGUGGAAAGGCAGCGAGGAGAAGUCGAGAAAAUCUCCAAUGGCGUGGAAGAUGGUCUGUAAGCCUCGGAGGAAGGGCGGCCUGGAUGUGGUGGACUUAUCAGAAUGGAGCGCGACUUGUUUAACAAAACUGUUGUGGAACCUUUGCAACAAAAAGGAUUCUCUUUGGCUCAUCAUUAAUGGCAUGGAAGAUUGGAACGGAAUGACGGAGAAAUACUCGGUGGGAAAAGUGUAUCAGUACCUCAAGAAGGAUGAUCCUGAUGUUGGAUGGAAUCACAUGUUAUCCAACACUAUUGCUAGACCGAGAGCCCUUUUUACUAUGUGGAUGGCUUGCCACUGUAGACUUGCGACAAGGGGACGACUCAAAAGACUUGGCCUUACGACCGACGACAGCUGUAAAUUCUGCGACAAAGAGGAAACAAUUUACCAUCUUUUGUUCGAUUGUCCGUCGUUUAAAACCCGUUGGCGACAAAUUCUGGUGUGGUUGGGGUAUCAACAUUUCCCUUGUGAUUGUCGUGAAGCACUUGAGUGGUUAAUCACACAUUGUAAAGGAAAAGGCUGGAGGAAGUGCAUAUUGCGUAGCUCUGUAGCAAAGACCAUCCAUGAAGUUUGGAGGUAUCGUAACAAUGUCGUCUUUGGCAAUACGGUGAAUAUGUUGGAGAUUAGAGAUUUAGUCAUUUCUAUCCUUGCAAAUAGAGGAUGGGUUAAUACUAUAAUGAGACAUCAUAUAACUCAAUUGCUUUUAAAGUAG